GUCAUUUGAUCGUUUCUACUUCACUUGGGGAUUUCUCACUGAAAGAAAAAAAUCAUUGUUUAAUCGAUCAAGAUGAGAGCAAAAUUUCUUCUCAUCUCUGUGAUUCUAAUUAUAGCACUACAGAGUGUUUGUGGGUGUUUUUGUCGUAACAAUGCAAUGUGCAAUUGUGGACCACGGGCCAGAUUGAGGCUCAAUAAACCACGAAAUAUCGUUGCAGUAAUUCAACCUUUGCCACAGAAUCAAGUUAUCAAUCCCAAUAUCUGUCGCUGUGGAUGUGGACAACCUCUUAUGCCACCCUUGCCAGCCCUGCCAACAAUCAAUCCAAUUCUUCCUGAUACGCCGGAUUUGGUGCAGGACUUGGAUCAGACAGCCUUUGGAGCCCGAUGCCUCUGCUCGAAACAAUCGGAUGAUUUAGACCGAUUUGCUCCAGAUAACUUACCCCCAAUCGCACCACAGUUACUAACUCCUGAAAUUCUUUCACCGGAAACCCUACCACCUGGAACACCAUAUUGGACGGUCAAUGCAGCGGGGAAUCUUCAGUUCAUCCCGGCGAAUGCUCCGAUGCAGAAUUUGCCGGAUUAUCUUGAGAACCCUAUUGAAGCUGUGGAGGAAAAAAUUGAGGAGAAACAGAAUUUUUUAAGAUAUAUCAACGGAAUUUUGCUCUCCAAAGCUGAUAAUAUCUUAUCACCUCUGUUUUAUAAUAAAUAAAAUGUGUCAACAGUGGUAAAAUACCAAGUUCAAAUAAAAGAAGGUUUGCUUUUCGA